AGGACGAUUACUAUCCAUCUGAUAGUGACCCACUCAGCCCAGUCACUAAGAUCACUCUGAGUUUGAGAGAGAUCUUCUCAAUGGCUUAUAAUGUCAUUCAUCGUUCCCCUGGCCUCCCCACUGUGUCCCCUGGUUCUGUUGUCCCUGCCUGGCCCUUGGGCCAGAUUCGUAGUCUCUCAGCCUCCACCUCUGGCUCAGCUUAUCAGCCGUCCUUCACCUUUGUCCUGUCAUCUUGGCGGAGCUCCACGCGCUCGUGGUGCAGCAGGAAAAGAGGACCUAUGUGUUCAGAGCAGCGGUCCUCCAGCCUGCUGGUAACUCUUUCCACCCUGUUUGUUUUUCCCCUUUGGCCGCGCCAUGCACCAUGUGGGAUCUCCCUCUGCUCUGGGAGCAGAGAGGCCACCGGACGCCCCAGGGAGGGCCCUCCACCGUGGUCUACAUCAGGGAGGGUCUUCCCCAGCUUUCCUGACGUCUUGAGAGCCAUUCCAAUAGGGUCUGUACGGCUGCGGGUGUUUUCAGCCGGCUUCUCCCUGGCAACACCUGGCAUUUCGUGGUCCUCUCACUUCCCCUCCUUACGGCAAGGCAUGCGGGCAGGGCAGGCCUUCAGCAGACCAGGGCAGCUCAGAGACCCCCGGGGAAUCUGCAUCCGGGCCCCACCUCCUGGUGACGCGCGGCUGCUGCGGGUGCUGCAUGGCCCUGUGGGCCUGUCUAGUGCCUUCCGGAGGCUCUGA